CCAGAGUACAGGCCUCAGUGUAACCAUCACCCCUGGUGAGACAAAACCACGACUCGUCAGUGAAGAGCACUUUUUACCAGUCCCGCCUGGUCCAGCGACUAGGGGUUUGUGCCCAUAGGUGAUGUUUUUGCCGGUGAUGUCUGAUGAGGACCUGCCUUACAACAGGCCUACAAGCCCAGCCUCUCUCAGCCUAUUGUGGACAGUCUGAGCACUGAUAGAGGGGUUGUGCGUUCCUCGUGUCACUUCGGCAGUUGUUGUUGCCAUCCUGUAACUGUCCCGCAGGUGUCAUAUUCGAAUGUAUACCGAUCCUGUGCAGGUGUUACACAUGGUCUGCAACUGCUAGGACGAUCAGCUGUCCGUUCCUGUCUCCCUGUAGCACUGUCUUAGGUGUCUCACAGUACGGACAUCGCAAGUUUUCAUAACUGUGACCUUAAUUGCAUACUGUCUGUAAGCUGUUAGUGUCUUAACGACUGUUCCACGGGUGCAUGUUCAUUAAUUGUUUAUGGUUCAUUGAACAAGCAUGGGAAACCGUGUUUAAACCCCUAACAAUGGAGAUCUGUGAAGUUAUUUGGAUUUUUACGAAUUAUCUUUGAAAUACAUGGUCCUGAAAAAGGGCCGUUUCUUUUUUUGCUGAGUUUAGUAGGUUCAUUUGCAUGGUUAGGUUCACGACUCCAGAUUGUCUGUCGGAUUAUCGCUCUCAUAACCUCUUCUCAGUCAGAUAAGAGUUACUCUUUAUUAUGAUUUUAUUGGAAAUCUAAUAAUCUGCAUUUAUUAAUAAUAUAACUCAAUGUCUCAUCAGUAACACUUGAUUGAGCUUGUCUCGAAAGUGUAUUAUAUCUCCUCUCUCUUCUCCCAGGCUUUCUAUUCCUCCCUCCUUCCCUUGUUCUUCUCUUCAUGUCUCCCCUACACUAAUUUCUGUCUGGUCAGGAAGGCGAUACAUCAUAUCUACAUCUGCUUUAUGGCUUUUGUUUGCAGUCCAACACUGUUGUGCCACACUGCUGGCAGAGUGUUGCAAAGGACCACUAGAUGGGGAUGUGUAGUUAUGGCAGAAUAAACAUGCAACUCACAGGACAGCCAAAUGAUAAAAAAAGAGUGUGCUCUCUCCACUGCUCCUUUAAAUAACACGGAACUGCAAGUGUUUGGCGUGGUCCUUGACGAUUCUGCUCCAUAGGUAUAUUUUCUCUAGGUUUCACAUCUCUUCCCAGGAGUCACACUCUUUCUGAAAAAUAGUACCCUUGAAGGGCCAGAGAGAGAGAGAGAGAGAGACAAAUUGUUUGCAACGGUCAUAUAUAAAGAGGUUAGCGGGGCAGUCACAUCACACCGUCAUGACUGCGGCGAUAAAGGUACACAAUGCCUAGUGCAGUGUAAGCAAACGGCAGAACAGCGAGCGGGAGCUGUGGUGUGUGGAAAAUGCUAGUGGACACAGACAAUGCAACAGGCUCAGGCCUGACUAGCCCUCAGAGGGACAGGGGUCGCCUCACUGCGGACAACAGCCCCCUCUCUCCCUCCCUCCCUCUGAGGGCUAGCCAGCGCAGGGGCUGCCACAGCAUGGCCUCGGGGAGGACGCUGAAGUUCGCCCUGUGCGAGGUGCUGCAGUUUGUAGGCCUGUGCGUGCCGCUCUUCAUCGUCAUGCAAAGGUUUGCCCUCAUCGUGGCGCGGGUCAAGAGCAUGGCGCAGCCGCCUGGCGACGCCAGCACCGCCUACUGGCUCAUCGUGGCCUCCUCCAUCGCCUAUGUCACCUCCACAGCCCUGCUGGUCUGGGUGCCCAUGAAGUACAUGGUGUUCACAAAUAAGAAGUUUCUUGUCGGCAGGAAGAAGUGGAGGCCAGUGGCCCUGGUCUAUGUGAUCCUCUCCACAUUACCCUGCUUUGCCUUUCUCAUCGCCAGCUCAGAGGUGCAGAUCAAUAACAGUAUAAGGCAGGACACGUUCGCAGAGCUCCCCGUGUCGCUGAUGCUCUUCUCCCUCAUCUGCAUCGAUAUCCUGGAGAGGAUCCGCCACUGUCGACUCACUGGACAUGCUAAUGAAUUGGACCGAGAUGCUGAGAUCCCUUCCAAUGUCCUCACACACGUGGAGCACCUACGUGGAACCCCAGUGACACCAGUAAACCCAGCAAACCCUGCGUCACCCGUAACGCCAGCUGUGCCCGGGCAACCUGCACAACCGGGGCAACCUGGUGGUCCAAAUGGGCAGGACCAGAACGGGGCGGGCUCACGACCAGAGGCCAAUGGGACUUUCCAGGGGAUGUCAGGAAACCAGAUACCAGGGAGACAGUUUAGCAUUUCAGGCCUGAGCUCACGCUCGGCACGCUCGGCACGUUCGGCACGCUCGGCACACUCUGUCAGCACGUCGGUGGACCGUGGAGUCUCACCAUAUGCGUACACAGGGCCGCUGCAAUUCCUGUGUGCCAGCGAUGCCCGAGCAGAGGUAUUUGUGGACAGCUUUCUGUUCUGGAUGGACACAGUGGAGAUGGUGAGGGUGGCUGGGCACCCAGCGGUCUACUACUCGGGCUGGGUGUUCCCUAUCUACAUCUUCAGCUACCUGUCGUGCCUGCGGCUGGUGGUCAUGCCCCACAGUCCCCUGCUAUCAUCACUAGGCGUGGCCCUGCAGGAUUUGCCCUUCCUGUUUGUGCGUAUCGGCCUCAUCGCCUUCUUCGGCUUUGUCACGCCCCUCCUCUACCUGAUGAAGAACCUGCUCGUCUGCCUGGCCUUCAUCUACUUCAACUUUAUGACCAAGCUGAGGGUCUUCAACACCGAGAGGAUGUUCUGAUCUGAGUCGCCAGCCAAGGAUGAGAAAAAAACAAUGGACAACAACCCACUGGGCAAAAACUGGUUUCCACACCAUUUCAAUCCCCCCCAAAAAAUGUGAUGACAUUGUCAUCAACGUAAGGGAAUUUAUUUCUUUGUUGAAUUAUUAUUUUUUUAACCUAAAUCCAAUGUCAUGGUGAUAUUUUUUGUUGAUUUCACAUUGUAUUCACAACUCAACCAAAUGUAAAUCAAAACUAGACGUUGAAAUUACGUCUGUGCCCAGUGGAAAUGGAGUUCAUAACAGAGACACCAAACCAAAACAACAACUGACUCACGCAGCGAUGAGAAGAGUUGGAGCGGACGGAUUCCUGUGUUCGGCACAGCAAAGAGAGAUUGAUCCAUUUCAUAAUGAUGAUUCUGAUUAAAGGAGGGACAGGAUGACAAUUGUGGAGCUUUUUGCAGGCUAAAAGGGAACUCUUUGGCAAUGUGUUCCCGUAAAGGGGAUGGAGGACAUUGACUGUCGGAGGACUAUGUGUUGUCUUGGUGUUAUCUUAUUUCCUAUUUGUUCAACGUUGUUUUUUUUACCCUGCAACUCUCCUUGCCCCCUUGUCCCCAACCUGAACCAUGGCACUUUGAGAAUGUAAAGAACCUGUCAUGUCACUUACAGAUUUGAUAACAGAUAAUAUAUGAUGUUUCUAUUCUAUUACCAUAAAGUGCAGUGAAUUGUGUAAGAAUAUACAUCCAUGUUGUUAUACAUCCCAGAUUUUCUUCCCUUGCUAGGUUAUCAUAUCCACACAUUUAAAACAAAGCGUGAGUUUGUACAAAUGAAACAUAUUUUUGGGUGUAAAAAUGUAUAAAGACAAAUAGAAAAUCUGAGAGAAAAAAAAUGACAUAUGUUUUAUGAUAUGAUUUCACGUGAGCAUGAACUGUGUAUGACUGCAUUUAUAUGCGUGUGUUACCGGCCUCAGUCUGUAGGUGGCCUGUAAUAGUAAAAAGAACGGACACACUUUUACGUUUGCCAAGAUCUGUCGCUUUCUAUAUUAUGAAGAUUUUUUUUGUCUUCUUUUGUUUUUUUUCUCUUGUACGUACACUACCGGUCAAAAGUUUUAGAACACCUACUCAUUCAAGGGUUUUUGUUUAUUUUGAUUGUUUUCUACAUUGUAGAAUAAUAGUGAACACAUCAAAACUAUGAAAUAACACAUAUGGUAUCAUAUAGCAACCAAAAAAAAGUGUUAAACAAAUCCAAAUAUAUUUUAUAUUGGAGAUUCUUCAAAUAGCCACCUUUGCCUUGAUAACAGCUUUAAACACUCUUGGCAUUCUCUCAACCAGCUUCACCUUGAAUGCUUUUCCAACAGUCUUGAAGGAGUUCCCACAUGCACUUGUUGUCUGCUUUUCCUUCACUCUGCGGUCCGACUCAGCACAAACCAUCUCAAUUUGGUUGAUGUCGGGGGAAUGUGGAAGCCUGAUCAUCUGAUGCAGCACUCCAUCACUCUUCUUCUUGGUCAAAUAGCCCUUACACAGCCUGGAGGUGUGUUGGGCUAUUGUUCUGUUGAAAAACAAAUGAUAGUCCCACUAAGCACAAACCAGAUGGGAUGGCGUAUCGCUGCAGAAUGCUGUGGUAGCCAUGCCGGUUAAGUGUGCCUUGAAUUCUAAAUAAAUCCCAGAGUGUCACCAGCAAAGCACCCCCACACCAUCACACAUCCUCCUACAUGAUUCCAUGUGUUAUUUCAUAGUUUUGAUGUCUUCACUAAUAUUCUACAAUGUAGAAAAUAGUAAAAAUAAAGAAAAAUUCUGGAAUGAGUAGGUGUGUCCAAACCUUUGACUGGUACUGUAUAUACAGUGGCAAGAAAAAGUAUGUGAACCUUUUGGAAUUACCUGGAUUUCUGCUUAAAUUGGUCACAACAUUAGACAAACGCAAUCUGCUUAAACUAAUAACACACAAAAAA